AUGGAGAGCAGGGAGAAAGGAACUGUGGGCCUGCACAGGGACCACAGGGACCUGCUUCUCGGAAACAGCCCGGGCACGCUGGUGCUGGAAGAGCCCCGUGGCCGAGGAAGCGGCUCUGCCGAGAGCGACAGGCAGGACGCGUCCCCAGGGUGCGCACAGGCUGCACCUCGGUCCUCGGUGACCGGCCGAGGCCACCUCAAAGCGACAGCGCUUUCUGCCACGCUGUGUUCCCGAUGUCCCCGGGCUUCCAGCACUGCCCGCAGGGCACGGACACCGGCAGCGAGGAAAAAUAGAAACAGAAGAGAGAGAGAGAGAGAGAAAUCAGCUGCCAACCUCCGUUGUCUUGAUCAAAUUCACCCUCGGCACUGCUGUGGGCAGAGGAGGCUCCAGCCACAAGAGACCAACACCGCUUGUGGUCUCUGCUGGCGGCUGCCCCUCAGUGGCACGGUGUCACCGCAGGUGAAAGGGGGCCGAAGGGGAGAAAGAGGGAGGAGGGAUGCUGGCAGCCGCCCCCGCUCCCCUGGGGCAGCGCCAUGUGCCUGUUAUCGGCUCAUCCCAGCGCUGCCUCUUCCCUCUCCUUCCCCGGACACGAGUUAUCACCAUGUCCCCUCCUCCCGAGCCUGCACACCCGGCACCCUAAACCCAAGGCGGCUGUGCUGCCGCUGUCCCCAGCGCCACUCCAUCCGGAUGGAACCUUCCCGUCACCCAAACGCCACCGCCGGCAGGGGCAGCUCCUUCCUCUGCCGUCACCUCCCGGCGCUCCAGGGGCGCAGCCAGGCUCCGCUUCUCUGGGCACCUGAACCUCAUUUAUUCCCCAGAUGGUUUUCCAGGAUUCCCUUUGCUGCUACAAGGCAGGGAGAGAGCUGGGGCCGUCAGGACGCAGCCACGCUCCCACGGCCUCUGGCACCCCCAGAUCACAGGCACCCAGAGUAUUUUUAUUCUUUGGCCACCUCUUGUCACUCUCCACCCCAGGAAAAGACCUUCCCUUCAUAUUUUAUGGGUCAAAACCUGGACAGCAGCUUUGCUGCUCAUCACAGAACCCUGCAAGGACCAUAUGGGUGGAGACAAUGAGCAAACCUCCAGUGGCACGGAGACACCAUCCCUGUCCAAGUCCCUGUCACAGCCCAGCGAUGCCUCAGCCAGGAGCAGCACCGGAUCCGAGCCCUCUCCAUGCCUUGGAGGAGCUGCAAACACCCAUCACCUGCUAGACCAGCCACGCUGGAUCAGCACAAGGCGAGCUUGGCAGCCCUGGCUGCCCGCGUGCUGCUGGAUUCUCCAGUGUCUAAUAAGGGCUCAGCACAGCCUGCAGCUUCCCCACCCCCUCCCUGGCAUUCUCCCAGGAGGUCCCAGCACCUCUGAUCUCUGCCAAAUUUGGCUGGAACCAGGCACUGAGUGCAACCAGAGGCGAGGCAGCCCAGCAGGCAGCUGGGGUGGGUGGCAGGGGGCUGGCACCCCCCGGGACCCCUCUGCCGGGGUUACCCCACGGUAACAGCCCAGGCACGGCCGCCGAGCCCCACAGCUGCCUCCCGCCCCCGCAGCCUGUCCCAGCCACCUGCCAGCAGCACAGGAAGUUUUAGGAGUUAUUUUUAGACUCG